UCCCCACAGCAUUGAGAAUGGUUUAAAAGCAGCUCAUAGUUCAUGAAGACACCACAGAAGAACUCCUGUUGGGAAGGUUUUCUGGAUUGUUAGCAGUCUCUUUGGGAGAAGUCACAAAUUAGCUUUAAGUCUAACCUGAAUUUAUCCACUUAACUACAUCAGGAUGAGGGUGUUGUGGAUUUCAUGCCUGCUGAUUGGAAGCAUCUCUUGUGUCCCUGUGGGGAAAAAAUAUGGUUCAGGUGCUGCUGACGCAGGGUUCAGGUGGCAGCCAUCUAAUGGGUAUUGGUUCAGUGGAGGAGGGGUGAGUUCUGACCUGGGCAGCAGCUCUUCUCUACCAAGUCUACCCAACCCAAGCUCUGGCAAAUCCUCUGAGCUUCCUGCUCCUCAAGAUGGCCUCUCCAGUGCUGGCCCUGGCGGUUAUGGCAGCCACAACAUGGCUGGGGGUAAUAACUACUACAGUGGCUAUGCUAGUUUCAGGGAUGAGCACUUUAACAGCCCUGAGGUCAGUAACUAUGGGGCUGCUUAUCCAGCUUCUCAGUCCAGUGGGUAUGAUAGCGGUGCUCCAGGUGGCAACUAUUAUGGCUAUGACUAUGCUAGCUCAGGUAUUGGUUAUGUGGGGGACGCCUCUACCAGCUAUGCUGCCGGUGACGAAAACCCAGAGCCGGUCUUCAGUGACGUGUCUGAUCUGGAGCCAGUUUACUCCUUCAGCUCCCGCUCAAGCUACCAGCAUGGAAGAGAGGUGUAUACUCAAACCCGCUACACCCCAGGAGAGCCUGCUGUUCCCCCAGUCUCAGGACCCAACAGCAAAACUUCAAACCAGAGGAGUCCUGCUAAAGCACCAACCAAAGGUGGCUUCUGAAAGAUCUUUCUGGUCUGAUCCAGAUGACUCAUUACUGUGACUCAACUGUUCAUGACAAAAUGCCAAUAAAUUGUAGCUGUCAUAACAGCCUUCCUUAAAA